AUUGAUCCCAACAGAAACACCAAACCCAACACUCACAGCUUCCAGUUAAGAGGAACUCUCCAAACAGGCAAAGAGUUCCACAAAGGACAUAGGACCAUAAUUCACAAUAUGGCCAAGGCACACCCAAUGCCGGCGCUGGCGCUGCUCGCCGUGGCGCUGCUGGUCCUGGCGGCGUCCGCGCAGGCCAUCUGCGACAUCUCCAGCGGCGGCAUCCGGUCGUGCCAGCCGGCAGCGGCGGUCCGCAACCCGACGGAUGCGCCGUCGGCGGAGUGCUGCGCGGCGCUGGCCGGCGCCGACCUGGCGUGCCUCUGCCGGUACAAGAGCGUCGGCGGCAUGUGGGUGAGGUUCUACAAGAUCGACGUCAAGCGCGCCAUGGCGCUCCCUGGCAAAUGCGGACUCACCAUGCCCGCCAACUGCUGAUGAUGGAUGCAAUGCACCGGAAAUAUAUGUACUGCUACUAGUACUAAAAUGCUUACUAGAAUAAAGGAGCUGAGGGCUAUUACGACAAGGUGGUAGCUUCUUUCUCUUGGUGUACUGCUGGACUGAUGCGUGGUGAGCUGAGUCUGCGUGGAAUGUAUUAUGGAUGUGAUAAUGUGGAUGGUGUGAUUGAGCAAAUGAAUCAAUCAAGGAAGUGGAUGUUAUCGUAUUAA